AUGUCAUCAAUGUCAAAUUUUGUCACUCUCGAAGCAACUACCACUACUACAACAGAAGCAGCUGCUACUAUUGCUACAACAACUGCUAUUACUACAACAGCAGCAACUACAACAACGACAACAACUACUACAUCUACACCAAAAACUUUUGCUGAAACUGUCGCAGCUUUUGUUACUACGGUAAAUGAUAACGCUGUUGAAGCUACUUCAGUUCCAACCACAAAUACUAUUCCUAGUUUGAGUAGUAGCAGUGAAUGUACUCACAUUCAUACUUCAGACGACAACACAGUUGCUACUUAUAAAAAAGAUACUGACUCAGAAGAUGACAAUUCAAGAAACAAUAUAAUCGCGAACGUUAAAGUUGCAGAAGUGUUUAGCGGCGGUGCGACUAACAGCCGAGCGUCUGGGGGUAAGAAAAUCGAAACGAGACAGGAUUGGAUGGCUGGCAGUCCGAGGAUACUGGAUGUGGUCAAACCGGAUGUUAAUGCCCUGGUUGCAGUCGGAUUCAUCGUCGUCAUCUUCUUCCUCUUUGUCGUAGCUACACUGAUACACGCCUACAUGAGAUGGCUAUGGACGGGCUCCAUUGUGGUCAGCACUGCCAGCUUUCAACUCGCCCACAUGGGGGGGCAAGUUUGGUACACCAUCUGCGGUUCGAUUCCCGUCAUCCUUUCCACCAUUUUGUCAUUCAGGAUUAGGUUCAUCGCUCCUGGCGCCAAAACUUUUUUGCAGGUCAUAAAAGCUAGGUUAGGGACGACAUCGCACAUCAUGUUGAUCUCGAUCGCCCUCCUAACCAACUUCACACUCGCCACAAUGGUCCUGUCUGAGGCGGCCAGGAUCGCUUCAGCUCUCUGCACCGACGUCAACAUCUACAUCAUGGCCGCCAUCUUGGUUCUCACCGGAUGUUUCAGUUCGACGAUUUCAGGGUUGGGCGGGUCAAUUUAUUUUUCCUACUGCGUCUGUACAUUCGUCACUGGCUCCAUGCUGGUCUACUUCCACAGCCUUACUCCCACUUCCAAAUUUUAUACCGACUUCUUGACCGCCAUCAAUAACUGUUCAGGUUCAACUUGCGAUCUUUUCACAGAUAAGUUGCCAGCCGAACAGAUCGGCAUGCCAAGACUGAACUCGAAAUCAAUCCUUAUAUUCGCUUUCAUACGACUACUCAGCGGUUUCAGUUCGACUGUGACGGACCAAUCGUUUUGGAUGACUGCAGUCGCCACUAGGCCUACAUCAACCGUCAAGAGCCACAUUCUCGGCGGCUUCUGUUGGUUCUUCAUAUCCAUCACCCUUUCCUACGUAUUCGGUAUCGUUACCGGUUCGAUGCGGAUCGACAUGAGACCGACUCUCUUCGCUAACGAAUCAACCGUUUUUCAUCUCAGUAGCCUGCCCGACGAACUGAUAGCCAUAGCUUCUCAGAAACUUCUGGAUCAGCUGGGCAGUUUCAUAAUCUUCUGUCUCGUCUGCUUCCUCUGCCUCGCCUGCCUCACCCCUCAACUGCUCUCGCUCAGCUCCAUCAUCAUCUACGACAUCUCCAUGACCUACUUGAAGCCAUUUGAACCCUACGCUGAACUCAUUCAGUCCAAGGCCACUAAAAGAAAGAAUAAUAAUCUGCUUGACGCUGGAUUCGAUGACGAUGAUGAUAGCAAUAAUAAUAAAAAUGACAACAACAACAACAACAUUAAUAAUAAUAACAACAACAAUGUAAAUAGUAAUAAUAAUAACAAUAAUAAAAGAAGCAAGAUGAACAACAACAAUGACAAGAAAAUUAACUCUGACGAUAAAAAUAACAAUAAUGCCGAUUUAGAUGGAAUCAAUCUGGCGACAUUCGAAUCGAAACCGAAACCGAAAAAACCGAUGGCUAGAAACUUCGGUAUCGUCGGUAAUUCCGAAGACAAAAUGAAGCUACUGGAACUUUACCUCAACAGACAGAGCCAGGACUUCCGAACGAAAACAUUUUCAACCAUCGUUUGUUCAGUGAUCGUAUUCGGCCUCACUUAUCUAGUCAUUUUAUGGGGAGUUGAAUCUCUCUGGUUGCUGAGUUUGAUGGGAAUAUUCACAUCCCCAUGCAUCGCACCGGUCUGUUUAACAUUCUUCUGGAAGAAAGCAAACGCGAUAGGAGUUGUGCUGGGUGUGUCGGUCGGUUUGUUAACAUCUCUGGUCGUCUGGUUCACUUUCAUGUUUUUCUAUCCGGACGAUUGGUCGAACUUUUUCGAUAAGUCGAGUUAUCCGAUGGGCGUGUUGUCUGCUCAGUGCACCGGUAUUCUGGUGAGUUCCUUUGUAAGUGCAUCACUCGGCUGGAUGUGCCACGGCAGGAACGCUGAGAAGAUGGCCAGCUUCAGGAAGAACAAAUUAGCGAAGGUAUGGUGGUACAGAGUGCAAAUGGAAGAGAGCGGCUUGUCGGCUUCCUUCUACGACGACUACAUCCAAGAUGACGUGUGGACGCCCACUCUAGCCAUCGACAGCCCCGUCGUAUCCUGGAUGUACCUGUACUCUUCCCCGGAUACCGACCAGGCGUACGAUCCAAUGAGAUCUAGAGAGUUCUACUCGGAUAUGCUGAAAACACUGAAUAGCAGAUACCGAAAAGUUAACGUCAUUAGUUAUGCGGUUCCGGUUCUCAUAGCUCUAUGCUUAUUCUUUCUCUGGCCAAUAGCGAUGUACCUGUUGAGAUAUGUACCCCUGCAAGAACUUCUGAUGAGUUGGAGAUUUGUCAUCGCUAUAUUCGCCUGGGUGGUUGCCGUUAUAAUGGUCGUGUUACCUCUAGCCGCUGAGAUUUGGAGCAUCUACGGAGCAGUCAACCGAUACUCUACUUGGAAGCGCUCCUACACGAAUGCUCAUGACAAGACUAAAGAUGACGAAGACGAAGAUGGUGAAGUUGAAAUGAAAGAGGUCAGAGGUCAAGAUGGGGUCGAGGGCGCGUCGACCGGGAAAUCGAAAGUGGAUGUGCCGGUGGAUUUUCGAUUCGCGAGACAGUGGAAUUUCGAGAACAUUCCGGGCGUAAACCAGUCAGAGCAGCAGAGCAGUGAUAUGCUGAUGAUCAAGAAGAUGACCUCCAACAGAAUGGCUGACAGUAAUAAAAAGACUCAAACUACAAAAGCGUGA